AUGUCCGCCGUGAACGCCUUUAUUUGCUACUGUCCAAAGCUAUCCAAGAAGAAGUCUGCAACCAUGGCGAACCUCACGUACUCUCACCCCCGCACCUAUGGCAAAGACUCGCGUCAUUGCCGCGUUUGCAAGACGACCCGUGGUCUGAUUCGCAAGUAUCAUCUGAACAUGUGCCGCCGUUGUUUCCGUGAGCGCGCCACGGACAUUGGCUUUGUCAAGUACCGGUAA